AGGGAUAUAAAUUCCUGUAUAGCAUUGAUACACUGAUUAGUAUCGCCGAAAAGUUAUAACUGAUUAGUAUAGGCGGUCAUUAUUGGAGUUUAAAAUGUUGUAAAGUGAAUGAUGAUAUGAGAAUGAAUGUUGGUGUAUAAUUAGCGUGAACAUAAUCAAAAAUACGACUUGAACUGGACAAAGGCUACAAUAUGAUUCUUCUUGCAUUGAUUGCGUUAACGUCAUAUGCGGGCGUUAAAGGUGACGUCAUCAACAACACAUUCGGUUACCCUCAAUGUCAGGGAAUGGCGUAUGAAUUUGAUGGUUACACCUACAUGCAUAUACCAUACAGCAAUACAAGAUUGUGGAACCAGUGCGCAUUUCCCAACCCACUGCAUGAUCAUAAAUUGUGUGGACGACCAGAAAUCAAUGGGAGACAUUAUUUUUGUGACCCAGACAAGUUGAUGGAAUCAGAGAAACCCGGUGCAGUUAUCGAUGGUCAACUGAAAGAACUUCAAAGAAGAACGUCAACUCUGUGCGUCAACACUAACGGAGAACAUGAAAGUUUUAUAGUGGCUGUGGCAAUCAUUGACAGAAUUUUAAUACCAGAUCUCAACAGUUCACAAUUGUGCAGCAACGAAUGCGGAAGACUAGAGCCUUACCUUGACCUUACCCAGAGUUAUCCUUCAUUCACAGAGCAGCAGGAAAUCAUGAGAAACUUUGCCGACAAUUUACGACAAAAAUGGUCGCUCGGUUUUUGCGACAAUGAAGUGGUCAUCUUUUACUGCAGAGAAUUCAAUAUGGUACAUAUAUCAGCCGGCCUGAAGGCAUCACAAUAUUUGACAAAGGCAGUAACAGACGAUCUGCAAGACACCUUCAUCACCUACAUCAACGUUGAAGGGUUACAAACCGGGCUCGAACUUGGCUUGGUACACAUGAUCAGCACUCUACGAACGGCCUUGCGUGGAUUUACGUAUGCGCACGUCAUUAUCAUAAUACAUGCGUGCACGUUACUGAUCGUCGGAGUGUUACUAUUCCUCUAUUUCGGCGUCCGCAAGGUGGACUCCGAUGUGUGGGGAUAUACGUACCCCUGGGUCAUCACCGACUGGGUUUUACAGUUCAUCAGCGGGAUCUGGUUUGUCAAGGCGAUGAUCACCUCCAUGGCUUUUAUGUCACACCACGAGAAAGGGGACGGUCUCCUAUGGGCACUUGGGGCUGCGUGUGGGGCGACGUUCCUUUGUUUCCUUUUGUAUUUCAUAAGUUUAGAAUUCUGAGAAAAAUCACGCUGGUUCGUGAUAUUAUAUGAAAUACUCUUUGCAAUAAAGUCGUUUCUUUGUUUUAUACAAACAUGCAUCACUUAAACCACACUGGUAAA